UAUUAAUGAGACCUAUCCCUCCUUUGUCUCCAUCAGAGUAUGAACAAACCUAAUUGGUAAGCGUUGGUAUGUGUUUGUGACAUUGUGAAAGCGUUUGUCUGUGUUGUCUUGUUCUAGGUGGGUAUACAGUCAACUCCUAGGAUGACACAUUGUCUGUGUAACCACCUGACAUCGUUUGGGAGCUCUUUCUUUGUGAUGCCCAACUACGUAGACGUGUCGCUCACAGCUCAGUACUUUGCCACAGUGAAUGAGAACUAUGUGGUGGUGGCGUUGCUCUCUGCCUUCUUUGGCCUGUACCUGGUCACUCUGCUCUGGGCCUGCUAUGCAGACAGGAGGGCCCUCACCAGGAGGAAGAUGACACUCCUGAAGGAUAACCACCCAUGUGCCAGUUAUAACUACCUACUGAAUGUCCAGACUGGCAGUCGGAGAGGGGCGGGUACCUCUGCCAAUGUUACAGUCAAGUUGUUGGGUACACAGGGGGAGAGUGAGCCCCACCACCUAAGUGACCCUGAUAAACCAGUAUUUGAGAGAAGGGGUGUGGACUUGUUCCUGGUGACCACACCCUUUCCCCUGGGGGAGCUGACGGGCAUCCAGCUGUGCCAUGACAACUCUGGGGGGCACCCCUCCUGGUAUCUCAACAAGGUGACGAUCCAAGACCUGCAGAGAAAGAAGGUUUGGCACUUCCUGUCCUCAUCGUGGCUGAGCUCUGACAGGGGGGACGGGCUGACCAAGAAGACCCUCAACACUGCCAAGAAAAACGAGAUCAGAAGCUUUAGAAAUAUUUUCCAGACCAGGACGUCGACAGGCUUUAGAGAUCAGCACAUCUGGGUGUCCAUCGUAGACCCUCCCUGGCGUAGCCCGUUCACCCGAGCACAGAGGGUGUCCUGCUGCAUGAGCCUCCUGCUCUGCACCAUGGCAAUCAACAUCGCCUUCUGGAAGAUCCCCAAAAACCAGCAGUCUCCUGUCAUCUUCACCAUUGGUUCGCUGGAGGUCACUUGGGAGGAGAUCAUGGUGGGGGUGGAAAGCGGUUUGCUCAUGUUCCCCAUCAACAUCCUCAUCAUCACCAUAUUCCGUAGUAUCAAGCCACGAUUCGUCCAACCGAAGGAGAAGAACCCCGAUAUGCAGGGCCUGAAACCCCUCGCUGUUACCAUGCCAACCAUUCUUAAGGAUACAGAGGAGAUGGUGAAUCUGCUCUGUAAGAGCCAGAGGAACAAAGUGCCUGAGCUAGAGAAGAAGCUGGAGUCAUGCGAUGACCUUUGCUCAGCCUUGGGCAGAGUGCAAGGGGUCAUUCAGCUUAUGCAAGGGUUGAGUGAGAGUGAGCCACACUGGGUCUACUGCAGCAAGUUUGUCCUGUACUUCCUCCACCACCUGUCCAUGUGCCUGGAGCGGCUGGAUGAGAGUGCCUUCCCCACCCCAGAGGCCCGUCAACACAUCCUGAACACCGUCCACCUGCUGCAGAAGACGUCCGAGAUGGUUUUCACCAGCCACAUGGCUUACAGUCCUCCCCGUGUUGCUAGGGAGAAAAGGAAAAGCUCGAGCUGCUGGCUGCCCUGGUGGUUUGUGUUUGUGGGCUGGUUCUUGCUCGUCUCCAUCAGUGUUGUGUCCACGUACUUUACCCUGAUGUAUGGCUUUGCCUAUGGGAGGGAGAAGUCCAUCCAGUGGGUUAUCUCUCUGGCCAUGUCCCUCUUCCAGAGCAUCUUCAUCCUCCAGCCUCUUAAGGUGAUUGGUAUGGCGAUCUUCUUUGCCCUCCUCCUCAAACCAGUGGCAGUAGAAGACAGUGAGGAGGUUGGACUACUUCUGAAAGAACAACAGGAGAUGUGUAAAUUGUACUCCGGUAGGGAGAUGCACUGAAGAAACACAAUUUAGCUCUACACGCUGUCUCCAGAUGAUCGAUGGGUUUGGAAGACCUGAUGCCCUACAACAGACAUCCUCUGCUCUGCUGCACUGACUAUCAACGUGGCAAACUGAGAAUAUAAGUUAGAAAACAUAGUUGUUAGGUUUUUAUUGAAUACUUGUUACUCUUAAUAAGAAAGGUACAAGGCAUAAUAUGUAUGAAUGUACUGAAAACUACUGUAUCAUUUAAAUUGUAAUAUUUAGUAAUAAGCUGAUAGUUAGAAACUUUUAUUCUUGUGGAUUGUAUGAAGUUACUCAAUGUAUGGAAUUAUUCUGUUAUAUUUAUUUUAUCACAAACCGCUGAUAUAUUAUUUUACACUGUACAUUUAUAUUUACUUUUAAGUAACAUACAGUCACCUCCAAAAUCAUUGUCACCCUUGAUAAAGAUGAGCAAAAAAGACUGUAUAAAAUAAAUAAUAGAAAACCAGAGCUAUAUUGAAUGUUUUCUGAGAUUAAAUAACACAUUGGGAAUGAUCUUAGACCACUCCUCCAUACAGAAUCUUUCCAGAUCCUUUAUAUCCUUCGUCUGUACUUAUGGACUUCCCUCUUCAGUUCAAACCUCAGGAUUUCAAUGUGUUUCAAGUCCGGAGACAGAGAUGGCCAUUGCAAAAUGGUGAUUUUUUUUGUUGUCAAUUAAUAAUUUCUUUGUGGAUUUUAUGUGUGCUUGGGGUCAUUGUCUAGCUGGAAGAUCCAUUUGUAGCCAAGUUUCAGCCUCUUGGUAGGGGCAACCAGGUUUUUGGCUAAAAUGUCCUGGUACUUGGUACAGUUCAUGGUACCGUUCAAUGUCACUAUCACCAAGAAGCAAAACCGCCUCAUAAAAUCAAAGAUCCACCACCAUAUUUUACAGUAGGCAUGGGGUUAUUUUCUGCAUUUGCAUCUCUCUUACAAAAGAAAGAUGCAUAUGGUCUUUGCUCCUGAGUGGCGCAGCGGUCUAAGGCACUGAAUCUCAGUGCUUGAGGUGUCACUACAGACACCCUGGUUUGAAUCCAGGCUGUAUCACAACCGGCUGUGAUUGGGAGUCCCAUAGGGCGGUGCACAAUUGGCCCAGCGUCGUCUGGGUUUGGCCGGUGUAGGCCGUCAUUGUAAAUAAGAAUUUGUUUCUAACUGACUUGCCAGGUUAAAUUUUAAAAAUAUUUUCAAAGCCCACUGGUGUGCGUGGCCAAAAACCCCUAUUUUCAUCUCAUCUGACCAUAGCACCUGGUUCCAAUCCAUGUGCCAUUGACGUUUAGCAAACUCCAAGUGUUUACAUUUGUUGGUUUCUCUCAAAAAAACUUGUUUUAUGGCAACCGUGACCCUUGGACUUUUCUUUUCAUCACAAACCAUCUUCAUCACUGUGAGUAUGGACAAGAUACACUUGGGUCCAAUACCAGGAAAAUUCACCAUCAUUUUAAAAAAUCUCAGUUUAAAGAACUGUAAGUAGAAUGUUAAUGCAAAUAGAUUUUAUUGAGAAGAAUCUUUACGGGUACCAAUCAUUUUGACACCUACAGUAUUCUUUUUAUUCGUUUUUUUCUUGGUAGCCUUUCCUGCAGUGAAACGACCUAGUGGCCUCAUGGGUGGAAUGUUAUUCAUAUUUUUCAUAAUUUCAUAAUUAAUAAACAUUCUUUGUAAAAAGCCUCUGAAAAUCCGGUGUUUCUAUGUCAAACGGUUUUGUUAUAUUUCUGUCUUCUGUGAUGUAUAUAAACUGUAAUAUUGGGAUGCAAACUCAAAAUUUAAUACAUUUCAUCUCUAUAUCUCGCUUUUUUAAGCCCAUAACCACGUGUGAGGGCCUCCCCGGGUGGCGCAGUGGUCUAGGGUAGCUGUGCCACCAGAGACUCUGUGUUCGUGCCCAGGCUCUGUCGCAGCCGGCCGCGACCGGGAGGUCAGUGGGGCGACGCACAAUUGGCCUGGCGUCGUCCGGGUUAGGGAGGGUUUGGCCGGUAGAGAUAUCCUUGUCUCAUCGCGCACUAGCGACUCCUGUGGCGGGCCGGGCGCAGUGCACACUAACCAGGUCGCACGGUGUUUCCUUCCUCCGGUUCUGCUGGCUUCCGGUAUGCACACUGUGUUAAGAAGCAGUGCGGCU